AUGGGCGUGAAUCAAAAAAGUAAUUUAAUUAUAUUUAUUUUAAUACUCACAAUUUUUUCAAUUUUACUCACUUUAAGCCUAGCUGACCCAGCUAAUCUAGGACCUUGUGAAAAAUCUUGCCAUGCACGAUACAAAAGUUUUGAAUAUAUUGAAUGUGCCAAAAAAGAAUGUGGAUAUCAUUAA